AAAACACAACAAUCAUUACUUUUUAAUGAAGAGGAGAGAAAUUAGGGGCAAGAUGAAGUAAGGGAAUGAAAAUGCAAUGGAAAUAUGAGGGAUCGGAGGAGCUGAACUUGAUCGGUGCGUGUUGAGUAAAAGUAGUAAUACGGCAAUACGCUGAUCAGUGGUGUAGAUAUGGUGUGCGGUGUUUUGUGGCUAACAAAGAAAGCGAUAAAUGGUGGUUAUUUGUUCAAACCACCCACCGAAAGGAAAGAAUGGGAAGGUCGUGAUCGCAGCCGAGGUCGACAGUGGUCAACAAUGGCAUUAAGAGGAGAGAGCAGCAAAGAAGACAUUGAGCCAUUAAGGGCAAGCAAAAAAAUGGUGCACAUACGUAGGUGGCUGGGUGGUGGAGGGGAGCAAAAUAGGAGUGGUGGACCGGUGGUUAUGGAGCUGGGCACGGGGAGGAGAGAGAGUGAUGUUUAAAAUAAAAAUAUAAAAAAAACUUUACCUACUUAACCGGUUACAAGUCACCGGAUCAUUUUCGGAAGACACUCUUCAUAGUUAGGAUUAUUCUAUAAUAAUCCAUAGUUGAGAUUAAUUUGGGUAGAAUAUAUUAAUCAUGUGAAUUUUUCCAAAGAAAAAACAAUUUUUAACUUUUCUUCUUCCACUUUGGUGCCAAAUUAACGAGGGUCGAUUGGUCGAACCAGAAAUUCAGUGAUCUUUCACACUGUUCGUUUCACGCAACAAGUACUCUAUAACACUCAAUCACUGACUGUCUCUCUCCCCUGUAAAAUCUCCAAAAAUGGGAAACCUUAAAAAUCAACCAAAACCCAAAUCACACCUCUCUAAACCAAUCUUACUGCUUGCACUUUCAAUUACAGGCAUUGCAUUCUUAUUCCUCUUCUCUUCUUUCAUUUCUACAACUGGGUUUUCUUUCUCUUCUCCUAAAAUCACUCCCCAUGUUUUCAACAAAUCUGGAACUAUCUCCAUUGAUAGUAAACACAAGUUCUUGUACUGGGGUUACAGAGUUGAUUGCCCUGGUAAACAUUGUGAUACUUGUGCUGGUCUUGGUCAUCAGGAAUCUAGCCUUCGAUGUGCCCUUGAAGAGGCCAUGUUUCUUCAAAGGACUUUUGUGAUGCCUGCUCGGAUGUGUAUUAACCCAAUUCACAACAAGAAAGGGCUAUUGCAUCAAUCAAGUCAAGCAAGUUCAGAUGAGGCGUGGAUCGCUACCUCCUGUGCAAUGGAAUCUUUGUACGACUUGGACCUUAUAUCCACCAAGAUACCUGUGAUUCUAGACAAUUCAGAAGUUUGGCACCAUGUAUUAUCUACUGCUAUGAAACUGGGGGGCAGAGGUGUGGCUCAUGUGAAAGGAGUUAGCCGAGCGGAUCUCAAGGAGGAUCCUCAAUAUGCAAAUCUCUUGCUGAUAAAUCGAACUGCGAGCCCUCUCGCGUGGUUUGUGGAAUGCAAGGAUAGGUUAAACCAUAGUUCAGUCAUGCUGCCAUAUACUUUUCUUCCAUCAAUGGCAGCCAAGAGAUUUAGAGAUGCUGCAGAUAAGGUAAAAGCAAUGCUUGGUGACUAUGAUGCUAUGCAUGUCCGUCGGGGUGAUAUAUUAAAAACAAGGAAAGAUAGGUUUGGUGUUGUGAGGAGUCGACAUCCUCAUGUUGAGAGGGAUACAAAGCCAGAGUGUAUUCUUAAAAGAAUAGCAAAAUGGAUCCCACCAGGACGAACCCUUUUCAUUGCAUCAAAUGAGGGGGAGCCUGGAUUUUUUUCACCUCUUGGUGUCAGGUACAAAUUGGCAUAUUCAUCAAACUACAGUUGGAUCGUUGAUCCUGUGAUAGAGAAUAACUAUCAGUUGUUUAUGAUAGAGAGGCUCAUUAUGAUGGGAGCAAAAACUGUCAUCCAAACCUUUAAGAGUGAAGAUUCAGAUCUCAGUCUUUGUGAUGACCCAAAGAAAAAUACCGGUGGAUGGUUGAAAGUUGUCAGUGAGGAUUGCUGAAGAUACAGGAAUUGAUCUCAGUAUUACCUGGAAUGGACAUUGUGACUAUAAGGACUUUCUCCAACUAAGCUGCUGGGCCGCAGCCAUGUGCAUGACAACGGAUAAAUCUAUGCAAAUGAGAAGGAAGAGUUAUCAAAUGGGCUCUUAAGUUUCCACUUCUAGAAGUUUGGAUGUGUCUAGUGUCAAUAUGUGAUGGCGUUGUAAAUUUUUAGCUUAUGUAGAUUUUAGAGUUUUAGACAGUGGAUGUAAAAACCUCCAGCUGGUGGGUUCAUUGUCCCUAACUUAGCAACCAUUGCCCAUCAUCAACAUUUUCAACAAAGAGCUCGGAAAAAAAACGGGAGGACAUCAUGUAAAGAAGAGAAUUAGAAGUGGUGUAUUUCAUGUGUAUUGAGGCAAAUACCAAUCUGUUAUGCUGUUGAGCAAAUUGCUCUUUAUGCUAUUUGGUUCUUCUCUUCGCGUCACUUGUGGGCUGUGGACAGUUUUUUUUUGGUGUGAAGAGGAUCAUUUAAGUUGAUUGCUUGUUAAAAAGAAGUUGGCAAUAUAGGGGGAGAUCAGACUUUUUGGAUAACUAUUUAUAAUACUAGUAGUUUGACCCA